UCGCACGCUCAGGCCGGCCAUGAAUUUGUCUGAUGCUCUUUGUAGAAUCUCCUGGAUCUCAUUCGCUUCAAUGAUUCCAUUUCAUUUUUGUAAAGAGAAUCGCCUCACUCUCAACUCAGUUCCUAGGUCAGGAUUCCUUUACCUCUUUCUUCCUCAACCUCUCAACCCCAUCGCCCACCGCCAUGGACUCUCCACUUUCCGCCAUUUCUCUCUUCUUCCUUUUCUCGUUCCUUUCCUUAGCUUACUCCUCCACCAUCGGGGUCCAAUACAUUUCGAAGCUUCUCGAAAUUCAAGACCGCGAGAGAGCACCUCCUUCGCUCCAGGUUGCGGCUGCUCGUGGCGUUCUUCUUCGCCUGCUUCCUUCUCACUCUUCCGCCUUUGAAUUCCGGAUCAUUUCUAAGGAGAAAUGCGGUGGGGGAGCUUGUUUUAUUAUCAGAAACCAUCCUUCUUCUUGUAAACACGGAGCUCCAGAGAUUCUAAUAAGUGCUGUCACUGGGGUGGAAGUUUUGGCUGGUCUGCACUGGUACUUAAAGUAUUUGUGUGGUUCACAUAUAUCCUGGCAAAAAACUGGUGGUGCGCAGCUAUUUUCAGUACCUAAGUUAGGCUCUCUUCCUCGUGUUCAAGAUGCGCAAAUCUUGGUCCAGAGACCCAUUCCAUGGAGUUACUACCAGAAUGCUGUUACAUCAAGCUAUACUUUUUCUUGGUGGGACUGGGAAAGAUGGGAACAGGAAAUUGACUGGAUGGCUCUCCAAGGUAUCAACUUGCCACUAGCAUUUACCGGGCAAGAAACUAUCUGGAAAAAGGUUUUCCAGAAAUUCAAUGUAACCGAUUCUGAUUUGGAUGACUUCUUUGGAGGCCCUGCAUUUCUUGCUUGGUCACGUAUGGGAAAUUUGCACGGAUGGGGUGGACCACUGCCACAAAGUUGGUUUAAUGAACAAUUAAAUUUGCAAAAGAAAAUUCUUGCCAGAAUGUAUGAACUUGGAAUGACUCCAGUCCUUCCAGCUUUUUCUGGCAAUGUUCCUGCAGCAUUAAAAAAUAUAUUCCCUUCAGCAAAGAUAACACGCUUGGGUAAUUGGUUUUCCGUUAAAAGUAACGUUAAAUGGUGUUGCACUUAUCUUCUUGAUGCAACUGAUCCAUUGUUCAUUGAGAUUGGGAGAACUUUUAUUGAGGAACAACUGAAAGAAUAUGGAAGGACAAGCCACAUUUACAACUGUGAUACAUUUGAUGAGAAUACCCCCCCGGUGGAUGAUCCAGCAUACAUCUCCUCAUUAGGUGCAGCAAUCUUUAGUGGAAUGCAGAGUGGUGAUGACAAUGCUGUGUGGCUAAUGCAGGGGUGGCUGUUUUCAUAUGAUCCAUUCUGGAGGCCUCUACAAAUGAAGGCACUUCUGCAUUCUGUUCCCUUGGGAAAGCUGGUUGUCCUUGAUUUGUUUGCUGAAGUGAAACCCAUCUGGAUUACAUCAGAGCAGUUUUAUGGUGUUCCUUACAUCUGGUGCAUGCUACAUAACUUCGCAGGAAACAUUGAGAUGUAUGGAAUUUUGGAUACAGUAGCUUCUGGGCCUAUUGAAGCUCUUACUAGUGAAAACUCGACAAUGGUUGGCAUUGGAAUGUCGAUGGAAGGUAUAGAACAGAAUCCAAUUGUCUAUGAUCUCAUGUCUGAAAUGGCAUUUCAGCACAAAAAGGUUGAUGUCAAGUCAUGGAUUGAACUUUAUAUAGCAAGGCGUUAUGGUCGAUCCAUUCCUUCGAUAAGAGAUGCAUGGAGUAUAUUGUACCACACAAUCUACAAUUGCACAGAUGGAGCCUAUGACAAAAAUAGGGAUGUUAUUGUGGCAUUUCCAGACGUCAGCCCAUCCUUUAUUUCAUCGCCAAGUGAGAGUUGUCAACACUAUGGUAAACCAACGUCAAGAAGAGCCAUACUAAGGGAGAAAACAGAUUCAUACGAUCAACCUCAUCUGUGGUAUUCAACUUCUGAAGUGAUAAAGGCACUAGAACUUUUUAUUGCAAGUGGGGAUGAACUAUCAGCAAGCAACACUUACAGCUAUGACUUAGUUGACUUGACUAGACAAGCUCUGGCUAAAUAUGCAAAUGAGCUAUUCUUAGAGAUCAUAGAUGCCUAUCAGUUAAAAGACGUUGAUGGGGUAACCUCUCUCAGUCAGAAGUUUUUAGACCUUGUUGAAGAUAUGGACACUCUCUUAGCUUGCAAUGAUGGGUUUCUUCUGGGACCAUGGCUAGAAAGUGCUAAACAACUUGCACAAAAUGACAAAGAAAAAAAACAGUUUGAGUGGAAUGCAAGGACUCAAAUAACUAUGUGGUUUGACAAUACAGAGGAGGAAGCAAGUCUACUUCGCGAUUAUGGGAACAAGUAUUGGAGUGGACUGCUACGAGAUUAUUAUGGCCCCCGAGCAGCAAUAUAUUUCAAACUUUUGAUAGAAAGUCUGGAGGAGGGCGAGGACUUCAAGCUGAAGAAAUGGAGGAGGGAGUGGAUAAAGCUGACAAACAAUUGGCAGAAAAGUCGGAAGUUGUUUCCGGUAGAAAGAAAUGGAAAUGCUCUUAACGUAUCGCGGUCGCUAUACAACAAGUAUUUCAGUUCAGAUUCUUGAAAUGAACUGUGAUAAAUUUAAUAAAUUUGCUCAUCCAGAAUCACAAAACAAAAUGAACUGUUUUCGUGAAGGAAAAAUAUGCUAGAAUUAGUUCUGAUGUAGCAAAAAUUUGUUGUAAAAUAUCACUGCUACGUCUUCUCCUGAUGCUUUAAUGAAGUAGCAAGCUGCCCUUCCAAAACUU